AACUCGGAGUUCAUGUCGUGGGGCGAGCGUGGGGCGAAAAUGGUCGUCGACCUCCGCCCUACCAACCUGACCCAGGCGAGUUAUCUCAAUGGCUCCGUGCAUUGGUCGUGCCCGCCGCAGCACCACUACUACGUGGCGACGUCCGAUGGCCGCAUGGAGCCGUGCCAGUGCGACUCAACGCAGCGUGCGCUCAAUUGCCGGCAGCUGGAGCGGCAGCUCCGGCCGUCCCGCCGCAAAGAUGGGCAGGUGCGGCCGGCGGAGGAGGUCGGCCCUCUUCGUGUCGAGGCCGCCUCUGCCAACGGCAGCCUGUGCUUCAACGCGGUCUUGUGUGGCGAGCCAGUGGAACAGCUGGUCCAGCGCGCCCGAAAGCUCAUCAUGCAGCAUGACUGCGCGCCGGCCGAGAGUCAUGUGCUGUGGCCUCCGCGCGCAAACGAGACGUGCCCGAUCUAGAGGCGCCCCGACAGUACGGGCGCUCCUGCUGCACACAUGCGCAUUGUUGUGUGGGAGUGAGGCGGUAGCUUUGCCUCCUGCAUCUGAGGUGCAUGCAACGUGACCGUAUACGUAACUUACUCCUUUGAUAAGUGUUUUAUGUAC